ACUGUCGCUUCACAUUUCAUAUAGAAAUUCUAAAAAAUAAAUUUAUAAUCUAUUUAUUUCUUUUACCAUAUGUCCGCAUAGUCUGAAUCCCAAUCAUGCCGGAUUUUUUGAAAACCUUUAAAGUUCUAAUGGUAUCUAAACAAAGGUUCCUACAGAAAAAAGUUAACCGACAAAGAAGAGAAAAUGUUGCGAGAUCUAUGGCAGGUCAAUUGGACAUGUCCAUGGAUUCAAUGGAAGAGACCAGAUUUCGAAAAAGAAACCAAUAUUUAAUCCACAGGCUAGAAAAAAGACUUCACUUCAACUACUUGGAGUUAGAAUGCCUGUUAAUCAUGUAUUACAAACUUCAGAAAGAAGGACAGGCUUCCAAUCCUAAACAAGAAGGUGUUACAAAAAUACAGUUUAGAGACGUUUUGCACUGUGCCUUGGAUAUGACAGAUGACAGCCUGAUGGACAGGGUAUUUCUUGCAAUAGAUAAAGGUCCAAGUGCCUGUAUAUCCAUGGAGACAUGGGCUACAGCUCUCUCACUAUUUUUGAGAGGAACUCUCGAUGAGCAGAUUCAAUUUUGUUUUUCAGUAUAUGAUAUCAUGGGUGAUGGGAUAUUGGCAAGAGACACUAUAUUCCAAUUAUUAAGAACCUCAAUGAUAAGUCAAAGUGGAGAAGAAGAUGCUGAAGAAUCAGCUAGAGACAUGAUUGAAGUAAUUACCAAAAAAAUGGACAUAGACAGAGACGGGAAAAUUUCAUUUCAAGAUUAUAGACAAUCAGUCACGAAAAACCCAAUGCUACUGGAAGCUUUCGGGCAAUGCUUGCCCUCACGCAUUGCAGCAUAUUCAUUUCUUUGUACAUUCGCGGAAAUAGCGGAUACUCUGUAACCUUUUAAUAUGUAUAUAUCGAAAAAAAUUCAAGCAAAUUAAA